UCAAUGACAUAGUGAAGCGAUGAUGCUGUCUGUAAGGCAAGGGUCAUUGUUGCUUGUUUGUUUCUUUAUCCUCAGUGUCGUCCAAGGAAAAGGGGUUCAGAGAGGAAAGAUCCACUUCAGUCAAGCAGACGACGAUUACAUCUGCCAGUAUGCCACAUUCAGCAAAAGUUUCACCAAGGGUAUACCAGUGCGGGUAUUCACAUCUGUCAACCGUGGAAACGGAUCAUCUAGUGUAUACGAUUCCGUCUUUGUCUGGGUGGAGGAUGUAAGAUUCGAUCGUUUCAAGGCCUGUGUUGUCGAAGGUGGCCGAGGAGAUGGGGAUAACUUCACUAUCGACUGGUUUGCAUUUCAAGGCCCACAGACGGGAGUUCAACAGGGUGAAACCAUGUUUAGUAAAUUUACCACAGGAUCACAAUGCAACCGUGUGACUUUCCCUAAGGGUUUUAAAACAAUUCCAAAAGUUCACAUCACUGUUGAGCACAGGGUUAAAGACCAAAAACAUGACGCCAUGAUAGUUUGGGUCGAGGAUGUCUCUUCAAGUGAGUUUGAGGUCUGCCUUCGUGAGUCCAGGGUAUUUGACGGGUCUCAUGACAAACUCAGAGUGGACUGGAUGGCUUUUGAGAAAUAUCCUUCCUCAUGGAGAGUCAAAGAGUCCAAGAGCAUCAUAUUUUCAGAAAAGGAGUUACCAGCAGCGAUAAAAAAGUAUGCCCUAUGUAGGACCGUGAAAUUUGACGAGCCCUUUUUUACGCCGCCUGUAGUUCUCACAACUGUUUUUAAUGCUGCUAAAGGAAAUAAAUCGAAUGAUGGUUGCAGCCCAAAGCAUAAGGAACCUUUAAUCACCUGGAUGGAGGAAGUGACCUCAAAACACUUUCAAAUUUGUAUAAAAGACUGGGCAGGGUACGAUAGUCAAAGGAAUGAUGUGGCAGUAGACUAUUUGGUUAUUGGAGAUCUUGAUCCGUGCAGAAAUGUAAACUGUACCUACGAAAGCUUUUGCUAUGCCUAUACUCCCUGGAGGUUUGAUUGUAUUUGCAAAGACAACUGCCCAUCAUACGAGGAACAAGUUUGUGCUUCCAACGGUCGUACGUUCAAAAACAUGUGUUUCCUCAAAAAAGAGAUCUGUAAAACACGUGGAAACUACACUAACUAUCAUCCUGGAAGCUGCAGAGGUUUUCCGAUGCAGAAAGGAAGACAUGAGUUCCAGAACACACCUUCGUGGGCAGAGGAUCAGUGUGAUGUGAUCAACCUGGAACCCUUUAUUUUCUAUCCUCAUAUGAAAAUUUACGUACAACUCACUGUUAACCACUUCAACUAUUCUGAUGACACUUUGGUACACGAAGCUACCACGCCUUGGGUAGAGAGCAUCAACACCACUCAGUUCACAGCCUGCGUCACUCGAGCUGGAAGGAAUGAUUAUCCUGCAGACAGCUUUGCUUCAAUUGACUGGGUGGCCUAUCAGGGAGCCCCACCCGGAGGAGUAGCAGGAGAGGAGACAUUCUUAACAUGGUGGACUGGGACAACCUGCCGGACCGUUUCUUUUCCAAAGGGGAAGUAUUCUGAGCCACCACAAAUCUUUACCACAGCUGUCCAUUACCGAUCAAGCCUCAGGCACGAUGCUAGCACGGUGUGGCUUGAAGAUGUCUCCAAUAGUUCUUUUCAGAUUUGUCUCAGGGAGCUUCAAAACUUCGCUGGAGUUCAUGAUGAUAUAUCAGUGAACUGGCUGGCAAUCGGCAAAACACCUAGACCGAUGUUUAAAGAGAGCAGCGAGGUCAUUUUUCCGAAUGUUGGUUUGCCAUCAAUAAAUUACAACUACGCUUUCUGUAAGGAUGUGAGUUUCCUUCGAUCGGCUUACACCUACCCACCCACGAUAAUGGUAACUGCCAGGCAUUCAACAAGUGGAGGGAAUGCUGCUGCAGAGUGCAAUGGAAUCGUGAGCUGGAUUGAGUCUAUCACAACUUCUGGAUUUCGAAUCUGUGUGAAAGAACUGUAUGUGCAACGCUUUGACCCACUGAAUGUUUCCUACGCAGUGAUGGGUGACAGCAUUUGUGAUGACGACUGGACUUAUUUUAGAGGAUAUUGCUAUAGAAAAGUGGCUGCUUGUGAUUCUUGGGGCAGCAGCCAGGGCAAAUGUGCUACGCAGGGAGCGAACCUUCCAAGCAUACACAGCCAGGAAGAAAACGUUUAUGUCCAGAGUCUGCACGGUGGGGAACAUUCUUGGCUGGGGCUCACUGAUAUCAACUCUGAAGGGAAGUUUGUGUGGAGCGAUGGGAGCACAUUCAAUUUCAAAAACUGGGCAAAGGGUCAACCAAACAACUAUGGAAAUGAGGAUUGUGUUCAUACUCUUGGCUUCCUCAAAAACCAUCAUUACGAAUGGAAUGACGUUAACUGUACUGAUUGUCACAGAUUUACCUGCCAGAAAGAUUAUGAUGAAUGUAGAGACUAUAAUUAUCACUGCCCGCCUGAUUCCCACUGCAUUAACAGCGACGGCUCUUACACCUGCAAGUGUAAUAAAGGAUUCCGUUUAGAUGCGAACAAGAACUGCGAAGAUAUGAAUGAAUGUCGAUUGGGAACGUUUACGUGUGAUGCAAAAGCUGUCUGCGAGAAUAUUCCUGGAACCUACAAAUGUAGAUGUUUUCCAGGGUUGGCUGGAACCGGAAAGACUUGCGGUGCACCUAACGCCACGGUAAUACCGUCGUGUGCAAAUGUGACUGUUGUCCAGUCCGAUUCAAUGGGAUAUAUUGAGUCAAAUGAGCCUGGAGCAUCAAUAACCUAUAAAAGCAAAAUGGAUUGCACGUGGAACAUAACCAGCAAUGGACAUAUUGAACUUGUAUUUAUACGUUUGGAUACCGAGGAUAAAGUGGACAUCGUUACCGUGUACGAUGGGUUGUCAAAAUCUGCUCCUGUGAUUGGCACUCUGUUCGGAAACACUCUCCCUAAGCAAUCUUUGACAAGUACAUCCAACAAACUUCAGGUGAAAUUUACUUCUGACGGCUCCAAGGAAUUUCGUGGAUUUCGUGCACGUUAUCGAGCUAUUACCGAUGGAAGCGUACGCAUAAACAGCACCAGCCGAUCAACUGGCAGAGUGGAGGUUUUCUACGAUGGCAAAUGGGGGACCAUUUGCGACGAUGCCUGGGACUUGAAUGAUGCGAACGUAAUAUGUAAACAGCUUGGCUUCAAAAGAGCCAUACAAGCUUAUAAGGGCGCUCACCAUGGUGAAGGAAGCGGACCGAUAUGGCUUGACGACUUGUCUUGUUCAGGACGUGAGUCUUAUCUCCACAAAUGCAGGCAUCGAGGAUGGGGAAAGCACGACUGCACCCAUAAACGGGACGCCAGUGUGAAGUGCACCCAUGGUUCUUCUGUCGUUCGGUUAGCAGGAGGAUCCCACCACUAUGGCCGUGUUGAAAUUUAUGAAGGAGGUAAAUGGGGCACCGUGUGUGACCACACCUGGAAUUUGAACGAUGCCAAUGUCGUCUGCCGUGAGUUGGGCUUCAAAGGUGCAACCUCCGCGCCUCGCGGUGCAGCUUAUGGGCAAGGCUCUGGUCCUAUCCAUCGAUAUCCCAUCUCCUGCGAAGGCAAAGAAGAAUCUUUGCUGGACUGUCCGUAUGAAAAUCGGAGCUACUACUACUAUUAUUACUACUAUGGGUGGUAUCGCCGCUGGUAUCGUUGGUAUCACAGCUGCGGUCAUCAUGGGGAUGCAAGUGCGGUUUGCCAUAAUUAGAAGGUUGCUCCCAUAAAACAUACUCAAACACUGAUAUCUUAAAUGUUCUCAGAUUCUCUCGAUUUGUACUUAGACAUCUGUAUUUGAUUCUCAAAGGCAUAAGCUUAAGUUAAACCUCUGACCGAAAAUACUUGUAAGAAAUGGCGAGAGCUAGAACUCGAAGUUAUAAAAAAUAGCCUCAUGCAGCUUUGGAAAAGUGGUUUUAACUCAGUGUGAUUAUUUUCUAAAAAUGUAGCGGCAGGCUAAACAAUAAUUAAAAAUGAUAGAUUUAACUCCUAUUUCAAGCUGUUUUAUUCAAGGAAAUUCUAGAAUUACA